AUGGGAGAUCAUCUACCUCACCUCGGACUGCCGUACCAUGAUACCUUGGCCGUUGUCCGUUCCGUUCGCCCGUUCAUCAUCAUCCGGUUGUUGAGGCUGAUCAUCAACUUCAAGCUGCCCAAGCAUCGCAUCGAGCAGUUGUUAAAACGCUCCUCGCAACAAGUGCAAAACGUGACGGUGUUCUUCGUGUUCUUCAUGGCUUUCUAUGCCAUUAUGGGCAUCCAAUUGUUCGGCCGAAUGGAUUAUCACUGUGUUUUGGACACCACCGACCCGAACAAUGUGACAAUCGCCGACCUGGCCAUCCCGGACACGAUGUGCAGUCAGCCGGGAGGAGGCGGCUACGAGUGCCCGGCGCCGAUGGUCUGCAUGCGGUUGAAUAUGGACGCGAAGACGGAAGGGUUCUACGGGAUGUUUAACGAUUUUGGCGCCUCCGUCUUUACCGUCUACCUGGCAGCAUCAGAGGAGGGCUGGGUGUACGUCCUCUACGACUGUAUGGACUCUCUGCCUUCGCAUUUGGCGUUCAUCUACUUCCUCACCCUCAUCUUCUUCUUGGCCUGGCUGGUCAAGAAUGUGUUCAUCGCCGUCAUCACCGAGACGUUCGCCGAGAUCCGCGUGCAGUUCAGUGAAAUGUGGCAGAAGAAGGAGGUGACGGUGGAUGACGGCUUCAAGCAGCUGGCCUUGGAGGGACGCAAGCAAAAACUUCAAGCGUUCCUGCGCUCGAUGGCCUUCCAAGGGUUGGUCAUCUUCUUCGUGCUCAUCAACGCCGUCAUCAACGCGUCGUUUGUACACAAACACGACGAGUCGGACAGGGUCAGAAGGAGAUAUUACUGGUAUAUUGAGAUCGGCUUCACAAUCCUGUUCAACAUCGAGUGCCUGUCGAAAAUCUUGUGCUUCAGCUGGGGCCCUUUUAUCAAGAGGGGCAUCUUCAAGUUCGAGUUGAUCCUGUGCAUCGGCAGUUCCCUCAACCUGAUCCCGUACUUCUACGAUCGGAACUACUUCACCUACUUUCAAGCAUUCCGCCUGCUUCGCCUCAUCAAAGCCUCGCCGAUAUUGGAGGAUUUUGUGUGGAAGAUCUUCAGCCCCGGCAAGAAGCUCGGCGGAUUGGUCAUCUUCACCAUCACCUUUGUCAUCAUCGCCUCGGCGAUCUCGCUGCAGCUGUUCAAUUCCGUGCCGCAUUUGGACCACUUCCACACAUUUCCCAAGGCGUUCAUGUCGAUGUUCCAGAUUAUAACGCAGGAGGGAUGGACUGAUUUUGUGGUGGAGGUUCUCCGUGCCACCCCUGACGGCGUCGUCCCCUUCGUGGCCAUCUACUUUGUCGCCUAUCACCUGUUCGUGACCCUGAUUGUGCUCUCCCUGUUCGUCGCCGUCAUCCUCGACAACCUCGAGAUGGACGAGGAGCUGAAGAGGGUCAAGCAGUUGAAGGCCAGAGAAGCGACUACCGAGAUGCGCUCAACAUUACCAUGGCGAUUACGGGUAUUUGAGAAAUUCCCGACGAGACCCCAGAUGGUCCGGAUGAAGAAAGUGGACUCGGAGUUUCCGAUGCCGAAGGUGCGGGAUAGCUUUACGCAUCAGUUCUCGAUCGAGCACGCUGAGCCGGAGAGCCCGGAUAUGGAAGUCGACAUGACCAAGUGUGUCUUUCGCCUAGCCGCCUCGCGCCGAAAAAACUACCGUACCCAGCCCCACGUCCGCCAUAUCGGCAGCAAUAGCAUGAAGGCCUCCAUCGCCAACCUCCUCGAGUGGGUCCAACAAAUGAUCUGCUACCGUAACCCACAAUAUUUUGUCGUCAUU